CCUUCGGGCAACAUUCGGUACAUUGCGAGAUAUUCUCUGAAGCUAUGUAUAAAAGAGUACCUACUUCCCCCCAUCCGAAUCCUCAGAGCUGGUCUCUAGAGCAUUAGUACCGUGCACUUCAAAUCCGAUAUUUUCGCUCAAGCUAUCUUUACCUACCACGAUGGUCAAUUCACGCAUCAUUCUUACCGCCAUUCUCGCUGCCGGGACUGUCGUACUCGCUAUCCCUGUUGCCCCCACGGGCGUCACCGGUAUCGGGAUAACUGAAGGCACCCUUCCUCCUCCUUCAGAAGGCGAUGCCAAAGGAGUUUCUGCACCGGGUGGAUCACAUCCUGGAGUCGGGGACACACAGGUCGGACUCAGUGAACCCAACUUGUUUGAAACUACGGCCGCACAAGGACAAGUUACAUCUGCUGAAGGCAGGUCUGGCCCAAAGCAAUUAAGGUCAUUCGAUCGUCGUGGCCCCAACGAAUCGGCGAUAGAAUUAGCUUGGCAAAGGCUGAACGUUGUCAAGAACUACAGCCCACUGCACGAAAAUUACCAGAAGAUGGUGGAACAGGACGAAAAGAUUAUGAAAGCAUACAGUGCUACGGUUGAGGAAACACAGAGUGCAAUUGAAAAUGGCAACAAAAUAGUCCACCUCAGUCUCAUUAUUGAGCAUUUUGUGCAGAAGAACGGUCCGAAAGGUAAAACUAAUUCCGAAAUACUUGGACAAAUCCGCGAGGGUUUCAAGAAUGGGGAGGACGUGGACAAGCUCUGGGGACUUGCAGUACAAGGAGCCAAGUAGACCCACUCGCACCUUGGUCAUCCUAUGGCAGUGACUCCAAUUUGAAGCUAGAGUAUGGCAGGAUGUAUUUAGCUGAACGUCUGAUUAAAUUCAGUGAAUAUGUAAACGUAUGCAAGAGCACUUCUCUAUAUACUUGCCCUUCG